AUGUCUGAGAUAAACAACCCAAAAACUGCUAAUAAAUAUGGAAGAUUUUUUUCAAAAGCAUUAUCUAAACUAGAAAUUCCUGUUGAAGAAAGACAAACUUUAUCUUUUUUAAGAAAUCCUGACCUUUUACCGAUUCGUAAAGAUAGACAAACUUGGGGAUUUUGGUCCAAUUUUGGUUAUUGGGGAAUUAUGUCCUUUUCUGUAGGUACUUGGAUGUCUGCUGCUUCAGUUUUAUCGUACAGUUUAUUUUAUCCAGAGACUAUUGGAAACUUUAUAAUAGGUAACGUAGUUACUAUCAUGUUUACUUUAGCCAACUGUUAUCCAGGUUGGGACUGGAAAGUUGGUUAUACUUUAUCUCAAAGAUUUGUCUUUGGUAUUUAUGGAUCCGUUGUUGGUAUUUUAAUCAGAGUGUUAAUGAGCAUUGUAAGUUAUUCUCACCAUACAUGGAUGGGUGGUAUCUGUUUGAACAUGAUAUUAAAUUCAUGGUCACGUCAUUAUCUUCACUUACCAAAUACCUUGUCCAAAAAUGUUGCUAUGCAAACUAAAGGGAUAAUUGAUUUUUUCUUAUUCCAUAUCAUAACUCUCUUUUUUUUACCUAUUAAAACCUCAUCAAAUAAAUUACAUCUUAAUCGCUUCAUGUCUCGCCACAUGUUUUUCCAUGAUGGGUAUGACCAUUUAUUUAAUUCAUUUAGCUGGUGA